AUGAUGUGGUUCACAGCUGGUGAUUCGAUGGAGACUGUCGAUAAAGUCACUGAUGAAAGAAAAGUAGAUCCAUUGCCUAUUCUUAUUGUGAAGAUUGUACUUGGAAUCUUUGGUUUCAUUAUGAACAUGUGCGUUCUACUUACUCUGAGAUUACGACUGAAGUACCGAAUUUACAUCAUUAUGAUGACAUUGGCAAUCCUUUCAUGGACUGUCGUUGAUUGUAUAUUGUGUUAUCAAACUGGCAUAAUAAACAGCUUGAUUUCGUUCGUUAUAACGGCUGUCAUGGCUUCAGUGGCAAUACUUCUCGGAUUCAAAUCAAAACAUUUUACACCGAGGGGAUAUGCUGUGUUCUUUGGAAUGCUUGCGGUAUUCUGUAUCGUAGGAUGCAUCUUCUGCAUUAUAUCUGAAUACUACCAUUUUGGGUUUCUAUACAAUCUACUGGGUGCCUUAUUCCUUGGUUGUGGAGUAAUGCUC